AUGAAGGAAUCUGAAAAUAAUCCAGAAAUAACUUCUGAAGAUGACAGCAGUUCAACAUCUUCCCCAAAAUCUGAAAAUUCUCCCCACAAAUCAAAGUUUGAUGUCCGGAUUACAAAUGCUGUCAAAGAUGGAGAUACACUUAAUUUUACAGUGGAGUCAACGAAGGUUGGUGAUGGAACAACGAAAGUGUUGGAAAGAAUAUUUGAAGAUUUCGAAUGGCUUCACCACUGUCUUAUAACACAAAAUAAUAUUAACGGGCUCAUCGUUCCUCCACUACCUUUAAAAGCUGAAAUUGACCCCAAGAGUGCAGAAAGUAAAUCAAGACGACAACUUGGGAAUGAUACGAAUGUUCUUGUUGGAGAUGAAUUCCAGAGAGAAUGCAGAAACUUAGAAAAAUACUUGCAUCUCGUUUUGGCCCAUGAGAUAUUCGGCAAAGAUCAUAGUCUUCAAAAGUUCCUUUCUGAAUCUGAGCCUCCUGUCCGUGCCAAAAUCAGAAAAGGACUAAUCUACAAAUUAUCAUCUGCAGUCGAUGAAGCUAGGAAAGGAAAUCAUAAGGAUAUUGAUGACUAUUUCCAGAAAAUGAGAGACUGGGUUAAUAAUUACACUACUUUGAUGAGGGAGACAUCAAAUAAUUACAACAAGAUGGUAAAUGCGCAAUAUAGAGUUGCUGGCUGUUACUGUCACCUGUCUACUGCUCUUACACAAACUGGACUUUAUAAGGAUGAAGAAUCAAUGAAAGUAAACAAGAUUUUAACGAACUUAAGUCUCAGUUUGGACGAUGCCAAACAUGAACUUGAAGUGCUAAGUGCCAAUGAUGAGAAGACACUUGGUUUCCACUUGGAUCUCUAUGCAAGAUACAUGGAAUCAGUAAAGGAGAUGCUGUUUCGUCGUACAUGUCUCCUCGUUGAUUAUGAAGAUGCAAACAGAAUGCUGGAAAAAGCUAAACCUCAAAAACGUCAACUGGCUGAGGAAGCGAGAGACAAUGCAUGGAAAUUGUAUGAUGAUUGUUCAGAAGUGGCAAGGAAAGAGAUGAAAGUAUUCAUUAAAGAACGACUGUUUUCAUCCCAAGAUGGUUUCACAACAUUUGCUGAGUCUCAGAUCCGAACUGCCCAAGACACCAAACAAAUCAAAUCAAAUAUCUAUCUAUCUAUCUAUCUAUCUAUCUAUCUCUCUAUCUAUCUAUCUAUCUAUCUAUCUAUCUAUCUAUAA